AUGUCUCCGAAAGUUUACUCAUACUCAGAAUCUCAAGAAGUCGCCAAUGCCGUUGGUAAAUAUGUCAUUGAACACCAAAACAAAGCCAUCGAAGCAAAUGGUACUUUCAAGAUCGCUUUAUCUGGGGGUUCAUUGGGAAAAAUCUUAAAGCAAGCUUUAAUUGAUAAUAAAGAAAUCGGAUCCCAAGCUCAAUGGGAUAAAUGGGAUGUUUAUUUUAGUGAUGAAAGAUUAGUUCCUUUGUAUCACCCUGAUUCCAACUUUGGCUUAUUCAACGAAAUGGUUCUUAAAAAUUUGCCAGCAGAUACCAAAAACUUAAAAUUGAACGUAAUUGACGCUAGUUUGUUGACAGGUAAGGAUGGUAAAUUGGAUGAUCUUGUUGAUCAAUCCAAAGAUGAGGCAAUUGCUAAAGAAUAUGCUUCUAACUUACCAAAGCAAUUUGAUGUUAUUUUACUCGGAUGUGGUCCAGAUGGCCAUACUUGUUCCUUGUUUCCAGGUCAUAAAUUAUUGAAAGAAAGAAGUGAAUUGGUUGCCUAUAUUAACGAUUCCCCAAAACCACCUCCAAGAAGAAUUACUUUUACAUUCCCAGUAUUGGAAAAUGCCAAAUCGAUUGCAUUUGUUGCUACAGGUGCAGGCAAAGCCCCAGUUUUGGCAGAAAUAUUUAGUGGUCAAAGUCAAUUGCCUUGUGCUUUAGUUAACGACAUCAAAUCAGGCACAACUAUCAAUUGGUUUGUUGAUACUCCAGCUGUUGAAGGUGUUGACGUUUUAACUAGUAAAUAUUAA